UGUUACAGUUUAUUAUUACUAUUUUACCAGUGUCCAGGGAUAAUAUUAUUAGCCACCUAUUCUCUAUCAGAAAUGAAGUCGUAAAUCCCUGUGUAUGGGUGGAUUGGCUGGCUCGUGAUCCCGCAGGAAUGGGCGGAAACUUCCUAAAAUAACUCGUCUUGGAAAAGUGCACGCAAUGGCUGGCGUUCUCCCGAUAACGCGCCAGAUCGCGCGCUCCGUCCAGGAGAACAAACGCGCUUCACACGAUCUGUGCGUGUCUGAGGUCAGCGACUGUCUGAUAUUUGAUCGACACGGUGUCUGUAAAACCUUCAGCAGUUUGUUUCAACACAACAAAGCUAUCAUUGUCUUCGUGAGGAACUUCUUGUGCUACACAUGCAAAGAAUAUGUGGAAGAUUUGGGAAAAAUACCUCAGCAAAUGUUGCAGGAAUCGAAUAUCAGAUUAGUAGUGAUUGGACAGUCGUCGUGGUGUCAUAUAGAGGCUUUCUGCUCCCUGACAGGCUACUCUCAUGAAAUAUAUGUUGAUCCGGAGAGACAAAUUUACAAAAAACUUGGGAUGAGAAGAGGAGAGACAUACAUGGAGACACCGUCCAGCAGUCCUCAUGUGAAAUCCGGGCUCGUGAUCGGAAAUCUGCGGAGCGUCUGGCGUGCCGUGAACAGCCCUGCCUUUGACUUCCAGGGAGAUCCGCUGCAGCAAGGCGGCGCUCUCAUCGUAGGCCCAGCUCCAGAGGUUCAUUUUGCUCAUUUUGACAUGAACCGGUUGGACCACAUGCCCAUCAACUGGUUGCUUCAGUUAGCAGGCCUUCAAACGCUGGACUUCAGCGGUUUACACAAAAUCAUUGACAUCUGAAUGGAAAGGGAGCUUUUAAGAGUUAGACAUGAUGGAACGGCGAUCGAUGCUUUAUAAUGCAAUGCUGGUCUUUGUUUGAACUAUGUAAUGGCUCACAAUUGUUGUUUUUUUUUAUAUCAUUUGUGUUUAAUAGGAGCAAGCCAUUCCACUGCUAGGGACCCUUGAUUAUAUUUGAUACAUUACACACACACA